AGGAGCUGGUAAAAGAAGGAGCCUGGCCUCAGUCGGUUUCCUGGAGGGAGGUGGAAAGAAAAAGAACUCCUUGUUUGUUUACUUGGGAUCUGGACUUUAAGGAGGGACAGAGAAGGCAGGUUGUCAAAAGACUUGCAGCAAUUACACGCACAUUAGCAGCCAGUGCUUCUGGUGUGCCUCUGAAUGAGGACGAGCUUCUCCACCCCCACCCCCCCGGACCUCAGUGAAUCUCCUGACUGUCAGUGACAGCCUGAUGGAUGCUUGAAAGGAAAUCAAUAUCUAGCGUUGUACGCGGCGCCGUCUGUUGAAUCAUCUGGGGCUGUUGUGGUCGAGCGAUCCGAAGCUAUUCGGUGACAUUGGCUGAGAAUUCGGAGCCUCGCCUGAAGGUGCUGGGGAUACAGAAGGCGCUGUCGAUUGACGGUGUUAUUGUGUGUGUGUGUGUUGUGUGAAUUUGCAAGCGACUGUGGGGAAGAGACAGACCGCUCGCUUUUGCACACACACACACAGGAACAAACCCAGGCGUUGGUACAAAGUUGGGAGAGAGAGAGCGAACCGGUCGCACCAGCAAGGCGGAUUGGAAACGAGCAACUUGUCUUUUUUUUUGUUUAAGGCUUUCCACGCUUUUUUUUUGUACCGUUUAAAAGUUUGCCUCCACCGUUACUCCCCCCCCCCCCCCCCCCGCCCAAACCCACUUCCACUCACACACAACAACAAAAAAAUAUAGAAGCCACGAUGAACGCGUUUGGAUUCUGCAGGAUUUCCUCCUGGUUUCUCCUUGUGGUUGGGACGAGCACUUGGAUGGAAGUUACCGGUCAAGUUUGCCCGAGUCACUGUACCUGCGCCGGGCCGGCGGUGGAUUGUCACGGACUGGGACUGCGCUCUGUCCCCAAAAGCAUCCCUAGGAACACCGAGAGACUGGAUUUGAAUGGGAACAAUAUCACAAGAAUCACCAAAUCAGCAUUCUCGGGAUUGAGACAUAUGCGAGUUCUACAGCUCAUGGAAAACCAAAUAACCACCAUUGAGAGGGGAGCCUUUCAGGAUCUGAAGGAGCUGGAAAGACUCCGCCUGAAUAGAAACAACUUACAGGUUUUGCCAGAGUUGCUUUUCCUGGGAACUCCGAAGCUCUACAGACUUGAUUUGAGCGAAAACCACAUUCAUGCUAUUCCAAGGAAGGCUUUCCGAGGAGCUGUUGACAUCAAAAAUUUGCAACUGGAUUACAACCAGAUCAGCUGCAUUGAGGAUGGAGCAUUCAGGGCUCUGCGUGACCUGGAAGUGCUUACCCUGAACAACAACAACAUUUCCCGACUCUCAGUGGCAAGCUUCAACCACAUGCCCAGGCUUAGAACCUUCCGACUCCAUUCAAACAACCUGUACUGCGACUGCCAUUUAGCAUGGCUUGCUGAUUGGCUGCGGCAGCGCCCUCGGGUUGGGCUGUACACUCAGUGCACAGGGCCUGGGCACCUGAGGGGCCAUAAUGUUGCAGAAGUACAAAAGAAGGAGUUUAUUUGCUCUGGUCAUCAGAGUUUAACAACGCAAUCCUGCAGUGUCCAUUCAAAGUCUUGUCCAUCGGUCUGCACAUGUAGCAACAGUAUUGUGGAUUGUCGUGGCAAAGGUCUGACCGAGAUAUCGAGCAAGCUUCCAGAGAGCAUCACGGAAAUACGGCUGGAGCAAAACUCAAUCAAAACCAUCCCCCCUGGAGCCUUCUCACCCUACAAGAGGUUGCGAAGAAUAGACCUGAGUAACAAUCACAUUUCAGAAAUUGCACCGGAUGCUUUCCAGGGACUGAGGUCACUUAAUUCCCUCGUGUUAUAUGGAAAUAAAAUCACAGAGCUGCCUAAAGGCCUUUUUGAGGGACUCUUCUCUCUGCAGUUACUGUUGCUCAAUGCCAACAAGAUUAACUGUCUGCGAGUAGAUGCUUUUCAGGAUCUCCAUAAUUUAAACCUCCUGUCUCUAUAUGACAACAAAUUGCAGACCAUUGCCAAAGGCACUUUUGCGCCUCUGCGUGCUAUCCAGACUUUGCAUCUGGCUCAGAACCCAUUUAUUUGUGAUUGCCAUCUGAAAUGGCUUGCGGACUACCUGCACGCAAACCCCAUUGAAACAAGUGGUGCCCGCUGUACCAGUCCUCGCCGCCUGGCAAACAAGAGGAUCGGGCAGAUCAAGAGCAAGAAGUUCCGCUGCUCAGGCACAGAGGAUUACAGAUCCAAACUCAGCGGAGACUGCUUCCUGGAUCUUGCUUGUCCUGAAAAGUGUCGAUGUGAGGGAACCACAGUGGACUGCUCCAAUCAAAGACUUACGAAAAUACCUGAUCACAUCCCUCAGUACACUGCAGAGUUGCGCCUUAAUAACAAUGAGUUUACAGUGUUGGAAGCCACUGGGAUCUUCAAGAAACUCCCUCAGCUCCGUAAAAUAAACUUGAGCAAUAAUAAGAUUACAGAUAUUGAGGAGGGUGCAUUCGAGGGAGCUAGCGGUGUGAAUGAAUUGUUACUGACAGGUAACCGCCUGGAAACUGUGCACCGCAAAAUGUUCAAAGGAUUGGACAGUCUUAAAACAUUGAUGCUGAGGAGCAAUAAAAUUGGUUGUGUCAGCAAUAACACGUUCACAGGCCUGAGUUCUGUUCGCCUGCUCUCUCUCUAUGACAAUCAGAUUACCACCAUUUCUCCAGGAGCAUUCGACACUCUCCAUUCUCUGUCUACAUUAAAUCUGCUAGCCAAUCCCUUUAACUGCAAUUGUCAUUUGGCCUGGUUGGGUGAAUGGCUGAGAAAGAAACGCAUCGUCACCGGAAACCCUCGUUGCCAGAAGCCCUAUUUCUUGAAGGAAAUUCCUAUCCAGGAUGUGGCAAUCCAGGACUUCACAUGUGAUGAUGGAAAUGAUGACAACAGCUGCUCACCCCUUGCCCGGUGCCCAGCCGAAUGCACAUGCCUUGAUACUGUGGUUCGUUGCAGUAACAAGGGACUGAAGACCUUACCCAAGGGCCUCCCUAAGGAUGUGACCGAACUGUAUUUGGAUGGAAAUCAGUUUGUGAUGGUGCCCAAAGAACUCACCACCUUGAAGCAUUUAUUACUUAUUGAUUUAAGUAACAACAGAAUCAGUACACUGUACAACCAGAGCUUCAGCAACAUGACAGAGCUCCUGACCUUAAUUCUAAGUUAUAACCGUCUGAGGUGUAUUCCAGUUCGAACGUUCGAUGGAUUGAAGUCCCUCCGUUUAUUGUCUUUGCAUGGAAAUGACAUCUCAUCUAUUCCUGAAGGAGCUUUUAAUGACCUUUCAUCACUGUCACAUUUGGCCCUUGGUGCGAACCCUUUGUACUGUGACUGCAACAUGCAGUGGUUAUCUGAUUGGGUGAAGUCAGGCUACAAAGAGCCAGGCAUAGCUCGCUGUGCUGGACCUGGUGACAUGACAGAUAAGCUAUUGCUCACCACUCCUUCGAAGAAAUUUGAAUGCCAAGGUCCCAUUGACAUCAACAUUCUAGCCAAGUGUAAUCCUUGUCUUUCCAAUCCAUGUAAAAAUGAUGGUACAUGCAACAAUGACCCAGUGGAUUUCUAUCGGUGCACCUGCCCAUAUGGAUUCAAGGGACAAGACUGUGAUGUUCCUAUUCAUGCCUGUGUUAAUAGCCCAUGCAAAAAUAGCGGAACUUGCCACCUUAAAGAGGGAGAAAAAGAUCAGUUCUGGUGCUCAUGUGCAGAUGGCUUUGAAGGUGAAGAGUGCACUAUAAAUAUUGAUGACUGUGAGGACAAUGAUUGUGAGAAUAAUUCCACCUGCAUUGAUGGAAUCAAUAACUACACUUGCCUCUGUCCACCUGAAUAUACAGGUGAGCUAUGUGAAGAGAAACUGGACUUCUGUGCCCCAGAGCUGAACGCUUGUCAGCACGACUCCAAAUGUAUCAUGACUCUCAAGGGAUUCAAAUGUGAGUGCACACCUGGAUAUGUUGGUGAACAUUGUGACAUUGACUAUGAUGACUGUCAGGAGAACAAGUGUAAAAACAAUGCACAGUGCAUCGAUGCAGUGAAUGGGUACACAUGUAUCUGUCCAGAAGGUUACAGCGGUCUGUUUUGUGAGCUGACCCCACCAAUGGUUUUACCUCGCACCAGCCCCUGUGAUCAUUUUGAAUGCCAGAAUGGAGCUCAGUGUAUUGAAAUUGGAAAUGAGCCAGUUUGCCAAUGUCUGGCUGGUUAUGAAGGCAACAAGUGUGAAAAAUUGGUUAGUGUCAACUUUGUCAACAGAGAUUCCUACCUCCAGAUUCCCUCACCAAAUAUACAGCUUCAGCCUAAUAUCUCUCUCCAGGUUGCUACAGAUGAAGACAAUGGGAUUUUGCUGUACAAAGGGGACAGUGAUCACAUUGCUGUGGAGCUUUUCCGUGGGCGGGUACGUGUCAGCUAUGACACUGGUACCUAUCCAGCAUCAGCCAUUUACAGCGUGGAAACAAUCAAUGAUGGCAACUUUCACAGUCUGGAGCUGGUAGCAGCUGAUCAAAUGUUAAGCCUCGUGAUAGAUGGAGGAAAUCCUAAAACUAUUAACAAUUUAGCCAGACAAUCCACACUCAACAUAGACUCCCCUCUCUACGUUGGAGGUAUGCCGACCAAGACAAACUUUGCAGCUCUGCGCCAAGGACCAGGCCAAAAUGGUACCAGUUUCCAUGGCUGCAUUCGCAAUUUAUAUAUUAACAAUGAGCUGCAGGACUUUAAGAAAGUUCCAAUGCAGAUUGGCAUUCUGCCAGGCUGUGAACCCUGUCAGAAGAAGAUGUGCCAGCAUGGUACGUGCCACGCCAUUGGCCAGUCCAGCUUCACCUGUGAUUGUGAAGGAGGUUGGACAGGAACCCUUUGUGACCAGCAAACAAAUGAUCCAUGUCAGGGCAAUAAGUGUGUACAUGGUAUUUGUGUGCCCAUCAAUGCCUUCUCGUACAGCUGUAAAUGUCAGAUGGGUUUCAAAGGUGUACUGUGUGAUGAAGAAGAGGAGCUUUUUAAUCCCUGUCAGAACAUCAGGUGUAAACAUGGCAAAUGUAGGCUUUCAGCUGUUAGCAGACCUUAUUGUGAAUGUAAUAGUGGAUACACUGGAGAGAACUGUGACAAAGAGAUUUCCUGUAGAGGGGAACGAAUCCGAGAUUACUACCAGAAGCAGCAAGGUUAUGCCGCUUGCCAAACAACCAAAAAGGUCUCGCGGUUAGAGUGCAGAGGUGGAUGUGACAACGGGCAGUGCUGUGGUCCUCUGAGAAGCAAGCGACGGAAAUACAGUUUUGAAUGCACUGAUGGCUCUUCAUUUGUGGAGGAGGUGGAAAAAGUCGUGAAAUGCGGCUGCUCGCGAUGUUCUUUGUAAAAGCUUCAAACGCUUGCCCUUUUUCAAAACAAUGUGCACCUGGUGACUGUGUGGGACGUAUUUUUGCUUCCAUGGUGGAGAUAUUUGAAUUAUAUUGUAAAAUACAGAACAGACUUAUUUUUAUUAUCAGAAAAUGACUAUUUUCUUCAUUUUCAAAAAUGUUUCAAGUCUUUUUGACUGAAAGUUGUUGCAACACGCAUAAAAUGUUUGUCAGAAGCCAAACCAUUUUGGACUGGAUUUUGACUUUUCCUGACUUGGCAAAAGGAAGUUUUCAAUAUUUUGACAUCCAGUGGACAGUAGAAGUGAAGUCCAAAGGAGGAAUGUGCCACCAUAAGUGAGUGAUGUCUAUUUGAAGAAGAUGACAAGUUGCAAGUCACAUCAGUUCAUCUUCAACACAGAGACACAGAUGUAACUGUGCUGUAAGGUCAUGAGUCAAGAAUGUGUAACGAUGAAGAAGCCCAGAACUUCUGCUGCCAUUUCACAUCUUGAAUAUGUGGACAGUUAUUUUUUUCUCCCCAGUAUAAUGUGUACAUUAGCAUAUUCGAGCUUACAAAGUGUUUUAGCAAGCCUUGUUUCCAGUAUUAAUUCUUUGUAAUAUAAUUAUAAAUGGGGACUAUACAACCAAUAGAGAAUUGAUGUAUGGAUUACUUAGUUGGAUAAAGUUUUGUGGUUUUCUUUUGAAAUGAGUUUACGCAGUAUUCAAGAUAUCAUUACGAAGUAUUUAUUGUAUCAAAAAACUUGUACCUAACUUUGCUAGAUCUUCUCUUUCACUCCAUUUUUGAAUCUUUAAUAUAUAUUAAUUUAUAUUUCGUCCUCAUAUUUUUGUAUGUUAAAAACAUUAAAAAAAGAUUGCAGUUUUUUUAUUUUUAUUUUGGGGGGAGAUAGACUAACUAACAAUCUAGCAUGUCCUCUCGGGGUGAAUUGUCUUGUUAUCUUUUUGAUCAGCUGUGUCUCCCGUAAUCUUGACCAAUGACAUUGCUUUGGUUUACAAAGCCUGGGAAAUAACCUCAGCCUAACAGUGUCAGAUGUAACAAGCCAGUGUAUAUUUUGUGAAUUCUGCUGAAUUUGAACCUACCUUGACAAACUAGAGUUCUUUUUGUUAUAGAAGUGAUUUUUAUUUUCAACCUCCACCUCCCCUUUAUCCCUGUCCCCUGAAAUUUAGUAAAGGUAAAUUAAAACACGUGCUGUUUUCUGGCAGAUGAACAAGUUUUUACAUAUCAGAAUAUUGUUUGGAGUUCCUCAAUUUCCUAACUGACUGUAAAUUCAGAAUUGUCUCCUUUUCUUGACUAUUGGAAUUACAUGUCAGCCCUUUGUUCUCCUACAGUAACUUGUUGCUGCUAAACCACAGAUUUAGAGUUGAUAAAUUUAAGUAGCUGGGCUGUGCUCUUUACAAAUUAAAGAAUGGGAAUGCCUGUGUAAAUACAAUUCGGUUUCCUUUGUUUUUUUUUCUGAAACUGGUUACUGUACAUGUUGACUGAUAUCAGUGAUGCUACUGAUGUUUGUAAAUUAAAUCAAAUAUUAACUUCAGUCAGCUGUACUCUUGCAUUUAUUGAUUGGUUGUGUAAAAACUAAAGACGAAACCCACUUUUUGCCUCAUUCCAUCCUUGCUUUUAACAACUCAAAGGGAAAAGUAUAAAUGCACUAAUCUCUGAGCCUCUAAUCGCUGUUUUAGAUUGGGCAAGGUUUAAUUAUUCUGGAUGGUUGCCUGAAACUGGAGUCCUCAUUCAAUUAUUUAAAGUUACUACACCACUCUUCAGCCCUGUAAUAAUAAUUUGAACUGUUAUCACAAUGCAUAAAGCCUGCCCAGGAACUCUUGGCACCAACAAUAGCAUUAUAAGGUGCGCCAGUGUUAUUUAGAGAGAUGUUUGUUCAAGUCAGACAAGCUUCUAGCUAGAUUUUCUAGGCUGCCCCUGGAAUUAUAGGCCUCAUAUUUAAUUUUAUUGGCUCCUGGAGCUCUGUGGAUGCGGGCUUGGGAAGUGACAUUUUGGGAAGCACAAGUCUAACUCAGUAAUCUGUGUGCAGUGUGGUCUACUGGUCAGAAUGUGGGAGUAGGCAGAUCGCAGAAGUCCACAGCAUUGACAGGAGAGGGUGAAAGAGAGGAGGGCACGGGAGGCAUAUGUCACAUGAGUCUUUCACAGUUAGAGACCCUAACUCUACUUAAGAAAAACAUUGAUCUUAGCACCUCUGCUUCACUAGAGAGGCUUUUACGUAGAUAAGCCACCUUUUGCAGCACUAAUAUGAAAGUGUACCAUUCUUGGUAAUGGGUAGAAAGGUUACUGCAGCUCUCAACGACCACACCACAGAGUCAUUCCACUCUACAGCAAGUGGUAUCAUCUAUUUUCAGUUGAAUGUUGUAUCAUAUGCCCUCCUCAUUAAAUGGCACAAAUUUAUCAGGUUCUCCAUGGCAGCAGCAAAACAAGGAAGAAGCUUUGAACCUUGCCCUAAUUGAAGGCUGUCGACAAAUUCGCCACAUAAUUGGUUGUGGGCAUGUAGCUUUUGCAUGCUUCAUCCAAAGAACACAUCUUUUUCACAACUAGUAUACAAGUACUGACAGUGCUUCAGGCAGAACUGUGCUCCAUUUCCUUCCAAAAGUCAUGAUGCUCCAAUCCUUAUCCAUUGUAUUGUAUGUCCUCUCUUCUACCCAGAUUAUCAGGUGUCAGGCUGUCUGUUUGAGGGUGAGAGAAAUCUUGAAUGCAUAGACCAUGACACUUCUCAGGAUCCUGAAUACAGAGACUGAUAAGUAUAUGGAUAGUUGCACCUCUUCCAGAGUUCUAAUCAAACAGACAGUUGGCAAACUGAAACAAAGGAUUCAUUUCCUGGAUAGGUCUAGAGUCAUCUGACAGCUCCCAAGUCCAAUGUGGAAAGCUGUGUGCUAUCUAAUUUUACCUUUGCAAAACCAACAAGUACUUGAGGACAAAGUGGAGGCACAACAGCACAAGGGUUACAAGGAAGCUGAGAAUGAGCAAGACUAAACAUGCCAGUAGCCUGAGAUCUUUCGGGCAAAAAAAAGUUUUGUUGAAGUAGCCACCACCUGAUACUCAGUGCACUCUGGUUCUGAUACCUGAACUGUUGACUCUGCUGCUCUUCGGAUACUGACCUGCUGUGCUUUUCCAGUGCCACACUUCUUGACUUCGACUGUCUGGCAUCUGCAGUCCUCAGUUUCUCCUAAACACCAACUGCCCUUCUAUCAUACCCCAGUCCUUACACCCACCAGAUGAAUGCAUUCAGAUUAUAACCACCUAGAGUGCUGGGUAGCAGUAAACAUGUUAUAAUGCUAAUGCAGCAAAACUCUAUAAUGAUAAAGAGGUUCAUAAUGAUUCACUUAUGCAUUGGAUAAAGUGAAAUUUAAGAAUUAAUAAUCACAAUUGUAUAAGCACUCAGCCAACUUUCAAUGCUUGUUUACCUUUUCUAGUGCUUAGACAAGGUACUUUCCUAAUACCUACAACAUGGGAAUAAAAGUCUGAUGAACUUCUAUUGAGAACAUUUGACAUGGCUAGCGCAUGUGAUCUUUACUAAUUCUAACCAUGAAAUAAUCUGCUCAGACUGCAGUGCUUCAUCUACUGGCACAGUCUGACCCAGUUGGCUAAUUGACAUUAACAUAGGCACUGCAUGUAAGGGCAGCAGGUGAAAACAGACAUGUUGUUGUACUUGCAAAGGGACACACUUUAAUCCCUACCACCUCAACAAGAUUUGAUAUAUUAGUCCCAUGAUUUGUCAGUCCAUCAGCAGCAACAUUUGAGAUUAAUUGUACUAUACAGAGAUGCCCAGUUAAUUCUAUUUGUAUACAAUUUUAUCUUCAAAUAAAGAACACACAUUGUUUCAUGAA